AUGGCCGUGGGGCAGUGGUGUUACGACUCGCAGGACCCCAAAUGUGGCGGCGGCGACAAGCAGUCCCCCGUGAACAUCGACAGGCGCCGGCUGCAGCGGGACGGUGGCCUCGGGGACAUCCUCUUUGAGGGCUACGACCAAGCCCCCCCGGGCAAGUGGAGGCUGGCAAACGAUGGGCAUACGGUGAUGCUGAGCCUGGCAAGCGAGUCGGCCUCUGAGCACAUCACCAUCAGCAGCGGGGGCCUCCCCGGCACCUACCGUGCGCUGCAGCUCCACUUCCACUGGGGCAGCCCAGCUGGGAACGGCUCUGAGCACACCCUCGACGGGCGCCAGCUCCCCAUGGAGCUGCACAUUGUCCACAUGAAUGUCAAGUACCGGACACUGGCAGAGGCCAAGGGGCAUCCAAACGGGCUGGCCGUCCUCGGCUUCUUCUUUCAGGUCUCUGAAACCCCUAACACCAACUACAACACCAUCGUGGCGGGGCUGAGUAAUGUCUCCCAUGCUGGGGACUCUGUGGAUUUGGCCUCCACCUUCCGCCUGAGCACCCUGCUGCCGCAUGUCGGCCGGCUCUCUGGGUACUACCGCUACCAGGGCUCUCUCACCACCCCUGACUGCAGUGAGGUUGUUGUCUGGACCAUCUUCGAGGAGCCAGUGGAGAUUGGCCGGGAGCAG